AUGAGUGAAAUACCAUAUGGCCCAUUGAGUGAAACAAAUUCUACUCCACGUAAUUCUAUUAGUGUUACUAUUCCACGUGAUUCUGUUGGUACUGUGAAUUCAUCGUAUACUAUAAUUAAUACUGGAACUGAUAAUCCUUCAUAUUUAUGUCGUAUAUGUAAAAGCAAAUUAUUUAAAAAACAAGAACUUGAUCAUACACCUAUCGAUUGUCUUAGUCAACGAUGUGAAUUAUUAGAAAGUGAAAAUGUUAAAUUAAAAGAUCGUGAUAUGAAAUCACGUAUACAAAUAAAAGAACUUGAAACUAAACUUACAGCAUUAGAAGAUGCAAUUAAAGGUUUAACUGCACCUAAACAAGAACAAGCCGCACCAUUUAAUUUUAGUUCAGGACAAAAAGUUCGUAAUCCAUUUAAAAAAGCUCAAUCAGUCGAUGUCGUUGCACGAAAUAAUUCUGAAAUUAAUUAUGAUAAUAUUUUACCACCCAAACAACGAUCCGGUAGUCGAGAACGUGUCGGACUUUUCGGUAGUCUUGGUGCAGCAUCACAAAUGCGUUAA